AUGGGUUUCAUUGAUCGUGAAAUCCAAAGUUUUACUUGGUCACUUCGUGUGAUGGUCGAUGGUAUGGGAGAUGAACAAUCUUGCUCCAAACCCCUUCAAAGGCGCUCUAUCUUAUAUUAUGGUGUGGGACACAUGCUCAAUGACAUAACAUCAGCCUGUUGGUUUACUUAUCUCUUAGUGUUCUUGACGGAUAUCGGACUGGCCCCCAGCAAUGCUGCUGCUGUCAUGUUUUCUGGUCAGAUAGCUGAUGGAUUUGCAACUAUAUUUGCUGGUGAACUGAUAGACAGGUUUGGACAUUUCAAAAUAUGGCACGGUGCAGGAUCUGCUGUGGUUGCCGUUUCAUUUUCUUCUGUUUUUGGCGGUUGCCUACCUUGCAAAAUUCUUGGCUCCAAUUCAUCAUCUCUGCAAACAAUUGGAUAUAGUACGUUUGCAGCUAUCUUCAAUAUUGGCUGGGCUGCUACUCAAGUUUCACACAUGUCUAUGGUGAAUUGCAUCACACUGAAUCCGACAAGCAGAGUAGUUUUGGCUAGCUGUCGCAAUGCUUUCACAAUGGCUGCCAACCUCAGCUUAUAUGGAGUUGCUCUAAUAAUCUUCAAUUUUAGCUCGUCAGAGAUGCCAGUUGAUGUUGAAAGUCAGUACCGAUGGAUAGCAUAUUCAUCCAUAUUCAUUGGAUGUUGCUUUGUGGGCAUAUUUCAUAUCGGGACCAAGGAGCCAAGAUUGAAGCAGGUGGCUGACCACAAAACUUACACAAGAAUCUCUUGGACUUACUGGUUUAAGAAAGUUCUAUACUACCAAGUUUCUCUUGCAUAUGUGCUCACCAGACUAGUUACGAAUGUGUCACAGGCACUUCUUGCAUUCUAUGCCAUUAACGAUCUUAAGAUGGGUCAAUCUUCUAAAGCAUUGGUUCCUGCCAUCAUCUAUAUCUGCAGCUUCAUUGUCUCCAUCCUUCUUCAGGAGAUAACAUGGACCGGCAAACUCCUGAAGGCCUUUUAUUCUGCUGGAGGUGUUCUUUGGACAUUUUGCGGUGCAGGGAUCCUCUUUUUACCAAAAAGCAUGAGUGCUUUCAUGUACAUUUUUUCAAUAUUUAUUGGCAUAGCAAAUGCUCUAAUGACGGUGACUGGAGUGGGCAUGCAAAGUGUUCUAGUUGGUGAAGAUCUCAAUGGCUGUGCUUUUGUUUAUGGAUCACUGAGUUUUUUGGACAAAGUCUUAUGCGGGGUGGCAUUAUACAUUAUUGAGUCAUAUCAGAGUUCCUCUACAUACCUUGAGGGAUGUAAUUACAAGUUUCUUUGUUUUUCAGUCACAAGAUUAGGAUUGGGUCUCGUUCCAGCAGUUUGUUCACUUCUUGGCGUGGUGAUUACUUCCACGAUGAAUCUCCACACUUCUACUUCAAAACCUUUAAUGGAGCCCUUAUUGGCAUAGUUUACAUAAGAAACUAAUUUCUGUAGAAUCAGCCCUUAUAUGACAUAGCAAUUGCCAUUCUUCAGACACGUAUCUAAAGCCAAGAGGUCUGGCCCUGUGACUUGUUUACUCGGCAUAAGAGUAAUAACAGGGGUGGAGACCUCCUGGUUAACCAAGUCAACUUAGAAAAUAUUCUGUGCCAUGAUUUUUUUUAUUUUAUUUUUUCAAUAUGAAUGCUGGCACCCCUGCAGAAGUCUCUACAGCAUACAAUCUUAAUAUUGUAUCUCAUUUUCAUACGUCUUUGUAGUAUACACAAGUGUACACAAUUUCGUAGAUUUAAAGGAAAAGUUACGGUGUACAUUUUAAAUUUCAACUGAUGUAUGUAUUUCAGCGAUGGAUUAUCUUGGUUAGAUUGUCUGCACAGAGAAAGUUCUUAAAGUUGUAGCUUGAAUUUUCGAAUUUCGCUGUUCAUGGUUUAACUCAGGAACUAGAC